CUUCGUGUUUCGAAGUUUUGAAGAUGUCGCAGCAGCAGCAGCAGCAAAAUAGCAACAUUCCAGUGAGCGAGGUGUUCUGGACUCUCGUUGAUAAAGCUGACAAGAAAUUCUCCAAAAUCAGAGACAUCCCUUUUUACCAGCGUAGCAGGCAUGAUACAUACUUUUGUAAGGUGUUCAAGGUGUACACACAGCUGUGGAAGUUUCAACAGGAGAAUCGGCAGAAGCUGGUCGAGGCCGGGCUUAGGAGAUGGGAGAUUGGUGAGAUUGCGUCUCGGAUUGGGCAACUGUAUUUUGGGCAGUACAUGCGCACGAGCGAUGCGAACUAUUUGUCAGAGUCUUAUAUAUUCUAUGAAGCUAUAUUGACUAGGGAGUAUUUUAAGGAGGGGUUGUUUCAAGAUGUGAAUAUUGCAAACAAGCAAUUGAGGUUCCUUGCUCGGUUCCUAAUGGUGUCUUUGGUUUUGAACCGAAGGGAGAUGGUGCAGCUGUUAGUUAAUCAGCUUAAAGUAUUAGUUGAUGAAUGCAAGAGAACAUUCCAGGAAAGCGACUUUAAAGAAUGGAAGCUGGUGGUUCAGGAAAUAGUCAGAUUUUUAAAAGCUGACACUGCUUUUAUGAAUAUCAGGCCCUUGAGGUAUAGUCUGGUUUUGGACCCUCAUCCGGAUACUCUACCACAUGUAUCUGCUGCUAUCACAAAGCGAAAUUUGAAAUUACGAGAUGCGGUAUUAAGUAGCUUCCAUCAAAAUGAGGUUAAGUUUUCAGAGCUCACUAUUGACACUUUUAGGAUGCUUCAAUGUCUGGAGUGGGAACCUAGUGGCUCAUUUUACCAGUCGAGUGGUUCAAAACUUAGUCAGAAUGGGGCAACUGGGGCUAGUUGUAUCAGUUACUCCCAAGAUAUUGCUGAUCCGACUUUACCAGCAAACCCACGGAAGGCUGUGUUAUACCGUCCUUCACUGACACAUUUUAUAGCUGUUCUUGCCACAAUUUGUGAGGAGCUUCCUUCUGAUGGUAUUCUCCUUGUAUAUUUGUCAGCUUCAGGGAAAGGUGAACUUUCUACAUCAAAUGCAGGAUCUUGUGGUGCUGCUCAGAAUGAAUCUGGUUGCAUACACUUUGGUCCCCGUGGAGAUAGAGGAUCAAACUGCAUAUAUCCAUCUGACUUUCUGCCAUUUACAAGAAGACCACUUCUUUUAGUCAUUGAUAAUGACGACAGCAAAGCUUAUAAGGUCAUAGCAGAAGCAGAAAAGGGAGAAUCAGUUGCUAUGCUCCUUUCUCCUAGCUGUUCACCUCCUAUUGCGUCUGAUUACUCAUAUCAUUCAAAUGGGAGCCUAUUCACCAUGUUUCUUACAGCUCCCCUGCAAGCUUUCUGUUUUCUGCUAGGACUUUCAGACACUGAUGUUGAUUUGGAUAUAUACAACAAAGCUGAAAUGCUGCUCUCAUCAUCAUUAAACAACUGGGGACUGGCGUUGGCAACAUCAGACACACUUGAUCCUGUUUGGGGACAGAUUUUAGGUGAUCCCUUCAUUAGGAGACUCCUUUUGAGAUUCAUAUUUUGCCAGGCAGUGUUAACCUUGUAUGCACCAGUCUACAAUAAAACCGAAUUCCUUCCAACAUGUGUCCCUUCUCUUUCAAUGCCUGUCCUGCCCCCAAGUUACUCAUUUCAGAGUGUAAUUCAACAACUAGCCAGCAUUUUUGGUGCAACUAAGUGUUUCAUCUUCUCAGAGGAUGUUCUUCCUGAAAAUAUACAAAUGAACGUGAAUCAGUUGUGAACACUAUGAAGAUAAACAAAAGCUUCACUUCAGAAGCAUAAUGUAUACAGCUUGUUUGUAUAGCAAUCACAAAAUGAAUUCUAUCAAUAUUACUACUAUUUGGUCUUGGUGGUUUUCCUAGAAUUUUAAGUACAAGCUUUGGUGUGACCCUUUUUUUUUUGAGUUUUAAAGUAAUUUAUCUAGAUCUUAGGUUUAGUGCCUUUGACAAGAGGACCUAUGAUGUGGAUUGAAAUUCAACAUGUUCAUUGCAUGACAAGUUGCAUGCUCGUCAACGAGAAUGGAACAAGGCAAAGGAAGUUUGAUAUAGUGUUUUUGCGUAGAAACCAUUUUUUUUAAUCUUUCACU